AUGGUGAAGUAUCGACGGGGCAAGUCUCUUCCCGUGGACCAAGAAUCUCCCGAUAUUUCGGGCAAUGAGAGCAGUAGCACGACGUGUACAACAACAUGUACUUCGACUGAAGAUGUGUUUUAUUCUCCCAUUCUCAAACCUUUAUCCACUACUACUCCAACGGGAGCCUCGGUUCCCAGCAUGAUUUUCAACUUGAUCAAGAACAUUGUGGGUGCGGGUGUCCUGGGCUUGCCAGCUGGCAUUGCGGCGUUUGGUGAUGCUCCUUCGGCCGUCAUACCCGCCAUUGUGUUGAUUGUGUGGAUGGGCAGUAUGAGUGCCUACGGCUUUUCACUGAUUGGACGACUGUGUGCGUACAGUCAGGCACAGUCAUAUGCCGGAGCCUGGCAAGCCGCGACUGGAUCUGGCGCUAGUAAAUGGAUUCCUACCAUGGCCUGUAUGAUGGUCACCUUCAGUCUCUUGCUCAGUUAUUCCAUGAUUCUGUCACGAACCAUUCCCGAUCUCAUGCUCUAUCUGCAUCCUCAGUGGCAUGUCUCACGAGUAGAAGGAUUGCUGGGGACGACACUGUUGAUUUUGUUGCCAUUGUGUUUGUUACAAGAUUUACAAUCGUUGGCGCCCUUUUCUCUCGUGGGAAUUGCCGGUAUGGUGUACACUACUCUCGCCAUGAUGAUACGAUACAUCCAAGGGGCCUAUCAGGAGUCCAGUGUCCAUCUCCACCACUCUUCCUCGUUUCUCGAUGAUUUACCGGAUGAAUCCUUGCCGCACUUUGGAAUCAAAGGAGCCACUCAUGUGUUCUCGACGGAUGCCUUUUUGCUCAUUUCCAUGCUCAGUACGGCAUUUAGUGCUCACUACAAUGCCCCCAAGUUUUAUUGGGAAUUACAGGAACCCUCUCUUGGAGCGUACCAAACGGUCGUGCGGACCAGUUUUGGUGGCAGCAUGAUGCUCAUGGCGCUCCCGGCCAUGUUUGGUUUCUUGACGUUUGGAGGCGCCAGUCAAGGCCUCAUUCUUCACAAUUACAGUGCCACGCACGAUUCCAUCAUGACACUCUCCAGUUUUGCCGUCACACUCUCCCUCAUUUGUUCCUAUCCGUUGGCAUUUGUGGGAAUGCGCAAUGGCGUCUUGGAUUUGUUGGAAAUUCCACUGUUACAACGCAAUCGGCUUGUGCAUGGAGUGACGGUCGGAUUGUUGACCGUCAUUACCUGGUUGGCAUUGGAAGUGCACGAUUUGAGAAUGGUACUGGCACUCAAAGGUGCCACCUUUGGAACCGCCGUCAUGUACGUAUUUCCAUCCUAUAUGAUGAUUCAAUACCAACGACGACGACGACAGCAACAAGCAAGAUCGAAACAACAACAAGCGGCACAACUCGAAUUGAUGGCAUCUUUGGAACGGGAAACACCCUGGAUGGUCGCCAAUGCCGUUCUAGGAGUCGUCUUUGGGUGUAUUGGAACCUAUCGGGCGUUGCAAAUUGUGUAA